UGCAGUACGGUUUAUAUUCUUCUUUUAUGGCAAGCUUCGUGUACACCAUCCUAGGAUCCUGCAAAGAUGUGCCAGUUGGACCAACAGCGAUCAUCGCAAUCUUAACUAGGGAAACGUUACAAAAAUCUGACUUAGGACCCAACUUUGCAGUCCUCUUAACCUUCAUAUCUGGUUGUGUGUGUUUGCUGAUGGGAAUCGUACAAUUAGGUUUUUUGUUGGACUUCAUAUCAGGACCAGUUUUGGUUGGUUUCACAUCCGCAGCAGCGAUUAUUAUUGCCACGAGCCAAAUAAAGGACAUUCUAGGCAUCAGUAUCAGCGGUAGCAAGUUCUUAGAAGUGUGGCAAAGGAUAUUCGAAAAAAUUGGGGAAACAAAACUUUGGGACACUGCGCUGGGGAUCACGUGCAUAAUUGUCCUGCUUCUUCUCAGAGUUAGUAUCACUUAAAUACAAUUACCAUAGAUUAGAGAUAAAACGUGUAAAAGCAAUUUUGUAUUAAAGUUUGUUCCGGAAAUAAGAUUUACCUAAUUUAAACUUUAUGAGUAAUAAGAACUUCUAAUUGAAUACACUUAAACUUUAAAAUUUCUUUAACCUCUUGAAGGAUAUUAACAAACUUCCGGUUGCGGACAAAAGGGAACAGUAUAAUUAUGAAUAGAUUUUAUAAUAAUAUUUUAUCGAAACAUUAAAAGAUGAAAAUAUUACUUUAUAGGGGGGACUUGGUUAGGAGGAGUGAUGUGGUGUGUAUGGGUGGCGAGUGCUAUGAGUGUUAAAAGCAAUUUAAGUAAUAAGAAAGCGAUAGGUAUACACAUGGAGUAAAAGAAUUAGGUAGAGUAUAAGGGGGAGAGGAAGGGUACGUAAAGGCGAGGUCUAAUGUAAAGAAAUAGGGGUGUUAGGGGUGUAAUUCUGCGGGUCAGACGAUUGUCUGAUAGGUAGAGGUUAUGGGUAACGACGGCCGUAGAGCAGGACAAGAGAGCUCAGACGAAGAGGAAACAGUAGGUAAAGCAGGAGGGCGCCCAACAAACGCCGAAAAAACAGCGAAACACGAGAACGAGAAGGAGAGAAUGGAGGAAUAUAUAACGAGAGGUAGGAAAGAGAUAGUGGAGGACAGGAGGGAGGCCACGGCGGGAAAUGCAGGCAAUGAAGAAAUAUUGAAAGUAUUAGCAGGAUUAGUUGAAGAAAUAAGAGGUCUGAAAGACGAAAUGCGUACAAAUAAUAAUAGGAUAACGGAAGAAAUGAGGGAAAAAGAAAUAGGAUGGGAGUUAAAAGUAAAAGGAAUGGAGAAAAGAAUGAUGGAUGUGGAAAGCAAAGUAGAGCGGAUAAGUGGGAAAGGGAAACAGCUACUUGAACUCAGAACAGGAAAGAAGGGAAUUGGAGGAAAAUAUUAAGGCAGUAGUGGUUAAUAAGGUUGAAAAAGAGAAAAAGAGUGGGGAAGUGGUAAAGAUAAGAGGGUGGAUCGAAAAACAUGAAAAAAUGGAACGGAGAAAUAAUGUAGUAAUAAAGGGUCUAGAGAUACGGCAAGGAAAUGUAAAAACGCAAAUUGAAGAUUUUCUAGAGAAAGAAUUAAAAGUAAGAAGGAAGAUAAGUUGGGUGAAAGAAAUCGGUAGGAAGGAAAGGUGUGUAUUAAUAGUAGGAUUGGAAAGUUGGGAGGACAAGCAGGAGAUCAUGAGAUACAAAGAUAGGUUAGGAGGCACAAAGGUCUUCAUAGAUCACGAUUUAACGAGACAUGAGAGAGAAAUUCAAAACAAGCUAGUAGCAAUCGCCAGGGAAGAAAAAAGAAAAGAGAGGGAGGUGAAGGUAGGAUACCAAAAAAUAAGGGUGGAUGGGAGAUGGGCCCAAUGGCAGGAAAGUUGGGCAACAGUACCGGUUAGUCAGGUUUUUUAAUAAAUUUUCAGCCAGGUGGGCAAAUAAAUAGGAGAGGGGAGGGGGUGUUAGACAGGGAGAAGGCAGGGGAAUUGAAAGUAUUAUUCUGGAAUGUAGCUGGAAUAGGAAAGAAAGAUCAAAGUUUUUGGCAAUAUGUGGAAAAGUUUGAUUGUAUAGGCCUGGUAGAAACGUGGAUGGAGGAAACACAUUGGAACAAGUUUAAAAGUAGCCUAUCAAAGGAUUUUGUAUGGAAGUGUCAAGGGGCAAAGAAGGUAAAUAGGAAAGGUAGAGCGAGAGGGGGAAUAAUAACAGCGGUGAGAAAAAACUUAGACAUAGAAUGUGGAAAUAGCGAAAUAGAGGGUUUAGUAGAAAGGAGGAUGAAAAUUGAAAAUAGAACAUGGAGGAUUUUUUCGGUUUACAAUGGUCAACCGUGGAAGAAAUUGGCAAGGAAGAUGGAAGAAGUGAUUAAAGAAGAGGAAGAAGAAAUACUGUUAAUAGGCGGGGAUAUGAAUGCAAGAAUAGGAAGAGAGGGUAAGGUAGAGUGAGUGAGCGAGACAGUGAGGAGAACGGACAACAGGAGGAAUUCGAAAGAUCUAACGAAAAAUAAUGAGGGAGAGCAACGGCUAAAAAUGGUUGAGGAAAGAGGAUGGCACAUAGCGAAUGGCAAUAUUACAGGAGAUGAGGAAGGAGAAUGGACGUAUGUAGGUGUCAGAGGAGCAACGGUAAUAGAUUAUGUGAUCUGUAAUGAAAAGGGGCUAGAGGAAAUAGUACACUUUAAGGUGGAGGACAGAAUAGAAUCUGAUCACCAACCUUUGGUUGCUACAGCGAGACUACAGGCGAGAGCGGAUAUAGUUGGAAGGGAGGAAGAGACUGAAACUGUCCGACAAGUGUUCUGCUGGGGAAAGGAAAGCAUAGAGCAAUAUAAAAGUAAAAUCAGGAACAUACAGCUUGCUGAAGGAAAUGGAAAGCCAGGUUGGCAAGAAUUAAAGGCAGCGGUUUUGCAAAGUAUGGAUAAAAGAGUAGUCCGAAGGAAAAGAAGAAAACCAGGACAUAAAUUUUGGUGGGACAAACAGUGCAGUAGAGAAAAAAGAAAGGUGAAGGUAAUAUAUAAAAAAUGGAAGAUAGGAAAAGUAACAAGACAAGAGUAUUUGAGAAACAAAGCAGAGUUUCGAGAAAUGUGUAAGAGGAAGGAGGUGGAUAAAAGGGAGGAAGAGAUAGAGAAAAUAAGAAAUGUAAAAACAGAGGGGCAAGUUUGGACAUACAUCAAUAAAGAAAGGAAAAGAAAUACAGAAGGAGCAACAUCCAUAACGAUGGAAGAGUGGUUAAAACACUUUGUAGAACUCCUAGGUGGGACGGAGAGAGUGAAUAAAGGGGAAAGGAGACAGUUAGGAGUAGGAGUCGAAGAAGAAGACGAACUAACGGACUGCGAAAUUGAAGGGGUAAUGAAGAAGAUAAAGAGGAAAAAAGCUGCCGGAGAAGACGAAAUACCAGGCGAGGCGUGGGUGCAUAUGAAAGGUGAGGCGAAAAGGAAAGUUUUCGAAAUAAUAAAAGAGGUGUGGAGAGGUGGUGGUUUGCCGGACGAAUGGAGAAAUGGAGUCAUUGUGCCUUUAUUGAAAAAAGGGGGAUAAAGAAGAGGUAACAAAUUACAGAGGAAUAACAUUACUCAAUUCGGUGUACAAGAUCUACGCAAACAUCCUAAACGAGCGGCUAAAACGCAACGUGGAGGAAAAAGGGAUUUUACCACAUUCUCAAGCGGGAUUUAGGAAACAAAGAAGCACGAUGGAUAAUGUAUAUAUCCUGCAACAUUUGGCGGAGAGGGUGACGAUUACAAAGAAGGGCAAAUUGUAUGCUUUGUUUGUAGAUUUGAAGGCGGCCUUUGAUAAGGUCAAUAGGACAAAGCUAUGGAAAGUGAUGGAGCAGAGAGGAGUAAGAAAAGGACUAAUCGAAAGAUCGAAAGAAUUAUAUGAAGAGACCUCGAAUACGAUUAGGUAUAACGGAAAGGUAUCAGGAUGGUUUUGGACAGCAGACGGAGUCAGACAAGGAUGCCCUCUGAGCCCGCUGUUGUUUACAAUUUUCAUCUCGGAUUUAGAGAAAGAAUUCAGGGCUGGCCAGGCGGGAGGCAUAGUAUUAUAUGUGGCAAGGAAAAAAUGUGGUCACUGGCAUAUGCUGACGACUUAAUGCUAUUGGCAGAAAGGUUAGAAGAAAUGGAAGAAAUGAUAAGAAGAUUGGAAAGAUUUUUAGAUAAGAGAAGCUUGAUUUUGAACACGACCGAAACAAAAAUAAUGAUCUUCAGCAAAGGAGGAGAUAGGGUGAAGAAAACGAAAUGGCUAUGGAAAGGGUAGGAAAUAGAGUCAGUCAAGAGUUUUACAUACUUAGGGGUCAAAUUUCAAAGAAAUGGAGACACGAUAGAACAUGUGAGAGAAAGGGCUAAAAAAGCCAACGUACUGACACGGCAAGUUUGGGGCAUCGGGGAAAGAAAGUUUAAAGACUGUUUCAAGUGGAAAGUAUUUAUGUUUGAUCGUCUAGUCAAGAGCGUGAUGUUGUAUGGGGCGGAACUAUAUGGGUGGAAAGAAAGGGCGGAGUUGGGAAGAGUGCAAUAUAAAUUUGUGAGAUGGAUUCUAGGUUUAAGCAGAGAAACACCAAAAUAUAUAUUAUUAGCAGAAACAAAAAGAGAAAAGAUUAGAAUAGAAGCAGGAAAGAAAGCUCUGAAAGUUUGAAGAGGAAAUUAGAAAGGCAGUAGGAAAGAAUUUAGUAUAAGAAUGUCUUAGGGAAAAGGAACAGGGAAGGACAAAAAAUGGUAAAGAAAGGAUAGAGUAUGGCAUACGAAACGGAUAUAGUCAGGAAGGGAUUAGGAGAUUGAGAGGGGAGAGUGAUAGAGUAACUCUGGAACUGAUGAAUAGGGAUAGGGAAAAUCAGGAACAAGUGCAAUUUAACCAAAUAAAAGAGACUAAAUAUAACAGUAGGUAUAGAUAUUUAUUUACGGGACAGAGGCCAGAGUAUCUAAGGAAAGAUGAAAAACUAAACAGCCAAAGUUUGAUGGCAAAGGCGAGGUGCGGAAAUUUAGAAUCUUGGAAUAGAUAUUGACUUGCGCGUGAGGGGAGAAGGUGCGGGUUUUGUGGAAGGGGACAAGGUUCUCUGAAGCACUAUUUAGCAGAUUGCGACAAGCGGGAAAAUGCUAAUAUAAGCAUAGAAGAGCUUUUAGAGGGUAGGUUUAAUGUAAGAAAUGUAGAUUGGAUAUGGAAGUUAGUAAACGGGAAGGAUAAAAGUACAAACUACAAUUAGUAACAUACGUACAGAGGAGAGAAGCAAAGACAGAGUGGGUAAGCGCGCGGUGUGACGAAUGUAAUGUGGCAGGGUGGAUGGAUGCGUGAGUAUAGAGAAUGUAAAACCAAGUCCCAUUUCUGGGCCGAAAGGCUGAAAUUAAUAAACUUAAUACUACUACUACUUUAUUAGGGAUUUUCAAAUUAGACAAAACACAAUAACUGUUCUUCGAACAAAUUGUUUCUUUGUUGACUAAUAAAUACAACAUUUAAGCAUUAAGAUUCUUGAGACUUU